ACGAUUUCUCAGCUUGGAUUUCUCAUUUUAUUUUAGAACCGAGUUCUCUCCGAUGUAUGAAGGAAACUGUGGUCCCGGACUUGACCGAUAUCGAAAACCUUUAUAAAAGUUGAAAAAACCUUAUAACCUCCAUCCAAACAUCGCUUCUCUUUGCAACCCAUCGUCCCAAUACAAGAUCUCAAUUGACAAUGACAAUCAAAACACUCAAACUUGGAGGUACUGCUUCAGACAUAACAGUUGGUCCAGUUGCUCACGGUUUGAUGCUGAUGACAUGGACUCCCAACCCAGUCAGCGACGAGCAAGCUUUUGAAUCUAUCAAGGCCGGCGUUGACGCCUUACCGACUGGGACCAAAGCUUUUCUGAACAGCAGCGAAUUUUAUGCGAUGGAUUUCGGUACUGCUAACCUGGAAUUACUGUCCAGAUUCUAUGCAAAAUACCCGGACUAUGCAGACAAAACAUUCCUCUCUGUGAAAGGUGGCGUUCGUAAUGGAGGCCCUGAUGGCUCCAUGGAAUGCUUGAGGGCCAGUGUCGAUAAGAUUCAAAGCGCUCUCGGACCCAACAAGAAACUCGAUCUCUUCGAACCCGCUCGCAUUGACCGCAAAACUCCUCUCGAAACCAUCAUGAACAACCUGGUCACUCUUGUCAAGGAAGGCAAAUUCUCGCACAUCGGUCUCUCGGAGUGUAAUGCAAACACUUUGCGUAAAGCUAACGAGAUUUAUCCUAUAACCGCGGCCGAGAUCGAAGUCAGUCCGUGGUCCUACGAUCAUAAUCAGAAGGCAGUUAUUUCUACUGCACGCGAAUUGAACAUCACUGUUGUCGCAUAUUCGCCUUUGGGACGAGGCUAUCUGACUGGUCAGAUCAAAUCUACCAGCGACCUUCCCGAGGGUGAUAUUCGCUCUCGUUUGACGCGUUUCAAGGAAGAAAACUUCAAGGCCAACUGGGCUAUAGUCGAGGGUUUGCAAGUUAUCGCCAAGAAGAAAGGCGUCACUCCCGCACAGUUGAGUAUAGCCUGGGUUGCUUCUCUCGGACCACACAUGUUACCGCUUCCAGGAUCCUCGAAAGCUUCCCGCACUCUCGAGAAUUUGAAGGCUGGAACUCUUGAACUCACUCCUGAAGAAUCGAAAGCUAUCGACGAGGUGAUCACCACCAAUCCUGUGUUCGGUGAUAGGUACUUCGGUUCAGACGAACAGGCUCAUCUCUGGGGGUAAAUGUAAUUAAGCGUGAAGAGUAAAUCUCCUUGUACUUACUAGGACAAAACAAAUAAAUCAGUCGCUCGAACAUA